CUUUGCUUUCCUGGCACCCUCGCUGGCCAUGCUCUCCCUUCCUGCCUGGAAAUGCCCAGAGUGGACUCUCAAUGCCAGCCAGGUGAACACCAGCUCUCCUGAAUUCACUGAGGAGUGGCAGAAGAGGAUCCGAGAGUUGCAGGGUGCCGUCAUGGUAGCUUCUUGUGUCCAGAUCCUGGUGGGCUUCUCUGGCCUCAUUGGCUUUCUCAUGCAUUUCAUCGGCCCCUUGACCAUCGCUCCAACCAUUUCUCUGGUGGCUCUGCCUCUCUUCGACUCUGCUGGCAAUGACGCUGGAAUCCACUUAGGCGUGGUCAUCUGUUUCUCUUUCAGGACCAUCUUCCUCAUUGUGCUGUUCUCUCAGUACCUUAAGAACGUCAUGGUUCCCGUGCCUGUUUGCGGAGGGCAGAAGAAGUGUCACAUCUCCAAGUUCAACCUGUUUCAGGUCUUCCCUGUGCUGCUGGCCCUGUGCAUCUCAUGGCUCUUCUGCUUCGUGCUCACUGUCACCAACACCCUCCCUGAGUCCCCCACGGCGUACGGAUACAUGGCCCGAACGGACACCAAAGGCAGUGUCCUGAGCCAGGCCCCCUGGUUUCGCUUCCCUUACCCAGGACAGUGGGGCCUUCCCACGAUCAGCCUGGCUGGCGUCUUCGGAAUCAUCGCUGGAGUGAUCUCCUCCAUGGUAGAGUCGGUGGGCGAUUACCACGCCUGCGCUCGGCUGGUUGGGGCCCCGCCUCCUCCGAAGCAUGCCAUCAACCGAGGCAUUGGCAUUGAGGGCCUUGGCUGCCUGCUGGCAGGGGCCUGGGGGACCGGAAAUGGGACCACGUCCUACAGCGAGAACGUCGGGGCCCUGGGCAUCACCAGGCCUGGAGGCCUUGCACCCCUGAACCCCGAGUGGCCUGUGCUACCGCUGAAGCUGAAGUCCACAACCAAAUCCUCAGUCCUAGUCACCUCCACAGCUGCUCUCAACCCUGGAGCCUUCGGUCCUCUCCCAGGUGGUCAGAGCCUUUGGCCAAGGCUGUGA